UUUCUCUUUUUUUUAUUUAAAAAAAAUUAAUGUUGUGGAAAAUUAAAUUAAAAAUUCAUAACAGACUUUCAAAUAUCUUUAAUAAAACAUGUUUCCCAAAAAAACUUUGUUCAAAAAAAAAGACCAAGUUGAAUAUGUAAACUGAAUAAAUAAGCUAAAUUAUAAAUUAAAAUUUAAGUUUUUGUUAUAUAUAAUGUCAAUUUUUACCUUCUACAUUACCAAUUAAAUUCCAUUAAAAUCUCGAUAAUUAAAUAGAUGAAAGUGACUUUUAUGUUGUAGAGAACUACACUUGUAUACUAUAAACUUCAUAUUAAAUUUUCUUUCAAUUUUUUAUAUUUUCAUUAAAAAUUAGGACAGCAAAAAAAUUAGAAAAAAAAUCUAUGAAAAUUAAAAAAAAUAAGCCAUAAUAGAUGAAAUUAAAAUAUCAGUUUGUUAUCUUAUGAAAAGUGUAGUUAUUCAUCUAGGCUACCAGUUAAACUCCAUUCAACUCUUGUUAAAUAAAUGGAUGGGACAACAUUUAUGUUGUGAAAAUUUGCAUUUGUAUUCUAUAAACUUCAUGUUGAGAUUUUAUUCCAUAAACUUCAACAUGUAUUUUAAUUAAAAAAAAUAAAACAAAUCAAAAUUUCUAUGAAUUAUCGAUUGAAUCCUCUAAAUUAUUAAGUAGUGAUUAUAUGUCAACUGAAUCUUGUUAAUUAGAUAUAUGCGAUAUUAAUUUAUAGAGUUUCUGCUACCGAAAUCGUUACCAUGUCAAGUUUGUCCAUUAGACUAUCAAAUCUGUAAAUGAUUAACUUUGUUAAAAAAGCCUAAAAACUACAACUCCUGAAUGGAUGCCAAGAUGUGGCUUUCCGGGUUAUGAUCUAUUAGGAGGAGUAUUGAGAUCAUCUACAUCCUUAAUAUCUAAAAACUAAUUAAGAGAGGUUUCACAAAAUUAUAAAACAAUAAAUCAUAUGAUUAAACAUCAUACAAUAGUUUCUCAUCUAAUGAAGUUUCUCUUAAAUUAUAAAUUCCACGUGUUACACUAGAAUUUAUAGUUAUCCUUGACAUCAAGUCAUCAGCUAUUAACUUUUACAUUUAUAACAAAAAAUAAAAAGAAUAAGUAAAUAAUGUAUUACCCUGAAAAUAUAAUAGUUUCAAAAUGUCUAUAGUUUUUUAUAUCCAUAAUUUUAUAUCAAAUCAUAUAUGAAAAUGUUUUAAAAGAGUCAAAUAACUUUUUUCCUAUACAUACAUUGAUAUAAUUAAUUGUCUAUUCCAUUAAUAAAGAUAAGGAAAUAUGAAAAAAAUCCAAUUUCGUACAUGAGCUGUAAAUAAAAUCUUUGGCAUCCAAAUUUCUUCAGUAGAGUGUUGUUUUUUUUUUUUUUUUUUCCGUCAACUGAUUAUAUAGAUGAGAUGAAACUGAUACAUGACCAACGAACGAAGGAAUGUCCGUGGUUAGCUAAGCCGGCAGACAACACAAUAUCUCCGGAACUAAAACCCAUAAAGGGAUGCAUAAGCCCAAACAACAACAAACCAGGGCAACUUUAGACUAACACUUCAAACAAAGUAACAAGACUCGUAGACAGCAGGUAGAACUCAUGACAAAACAAAGAAAUCUAAAUGAUAGAAAAACUAUGAAAGCUGUUUAACGUGAAUGCCCCUGGCCAAACCACCGAAAAACCACUCCCUCCUAGUACAACGAGGAAACACCUCAGAACCCAAGUAACACAAGCUUCACAAACCGGCAAGGAAGAAUCUCUCAGAUUCUGUCAACCUCCGGACACGGCUGAGUCGUACACACGACUGAUAAACGCCAAGGAAUGAAGCCACAACCAAAUCAAAUCUCCACGAGAUCUGAACAAGAAACUAGGAGCCAAGCCCACCAAAUCCGGAGCACAAUGAGCACAGGCCACAAACGGCAUAAAGACGGAUCAUAGGAAUCCAUAGAAACCUCUACCCAUUUAGAUAAACCUGAAAUAGAGAGAUCCACACAAGAAGUCCAGAGAUAUGCAACACAACAAAACUAACCAGGCUGAGAUUUGUAUAACAAGAGCUUUGUAGCAAGGCCACACCGUUAAUCACCAGAUUCGGAGCUUUUAUCAAAAAUCUGCAACAGAUCUGGAAGUUUCAUUGAUUUGCUCGAAGCAUAUCUCUCAAAAAUGGAGUCACAGUCACGAACCAAACUACAACCAGACAACGAUGAAGCAAGACAGAGAUUGGGACCGGCGCCGGUGCUGACAGAGCCACCACGCGCCGGUCGUCGGAAUUCACGCGUUCGGACGGGAGUGCAGGAGCAGAGAGAAAACGAAGCGAUAAGAAAGAAAGAAGAUUAUCUGCUCUUCAGUAGAGUGUUGUUUUCAUUAUAAUUUUUCGAUAACGAUAUUUUUGCCAUAAACACGAAGUUGCCAAAUUAUGUGAUUUACUAUUUAUAAUGUCAAGUAGUGUAAAUGUUUACUUAAAAGUAACCUUCUUUAAAUUUUUCCAACUGACAACUAACUAAAGCAAUAAUCAAAGAUAUCUGACCAGUUAAGAUUUAUGAAAAGAAAUGAUGAUUCAACAAUCAAACGUGCAUGCUGAGACCAACGUGCUUUUAUAUUCGUUGCCUUCUCCCCUUACCAUUAUUUCUCCACCUUCCAUCCGAUCCCAUCCACCUUGUAUAACUCGAUCAAGUAAUCACCCUCUCUAGCCAAAAGCAAGAAAAAAAACUAUAAAAAAAACAAAACAUGAUUCCAGAGAAGUGGAAAGGAGCAAAGCACACGCUUCUAGAGCGACCAUGGUUCAUCAUAGCUGCUCUAGCUGGUCUUUUAGGUGGCGCACUGCUCAUCACAAGUAUCAUCCGAGCUACGGACAGCACUCUAUCUUUAUGUUCCACCGCAAAAACCACGGCGCAGUCCAUAGCCGAAUACUCAACCACACCAAUCCAGCUUCAAUCCAUCGUCCACUACGCGACCUCACAGACCGUUCCUCAACAAUCCUUCGAGGAGAUAUCAAUCUCUUUAAACGUCCUUAAGGAACGUAUACCUUGCAAUUUUCUUGUCUUUGGCCUCGGCCAUGACUCCCUCAUGUGGGCCUCCCUCAAUCCACGUGGCACCACUGUGUUCCUUGAGGACGAUCCUGAGUGGAUCCAGGCCGUCCUCAAGGAUGCACCGUCCCUGAGGGCCCACCAUGUUCAGUAUCGGACCCAACUUUCUCAAGCCGACAAUCUUCUCGCGACCUACCGGUCCGAACCCAAGUGCUUACCUGCCAACGCUUUCCCCAUCCGCUACAACGAAAAGUGUCCAUUGGCUUUGACUUCACUUCCUGAUGAGUUCUAUGAUACCGAGUGGGAUCUCAUCAUGGUGGACGCACCAAAAGGGUACUUCCCAACCGCGCCAGGGAGGAUGGCAGCUAUAUUCUCCGCAGCCAUCAUGGCACGUAACCGGAAGGGUGCGGGCACCACCCACGUUUUCCUUCAUGAUGUUGACCGCAUAGUGGAGAAGACGUACGCCAACGAGUUCCUAUGCGAGAAGUACAGAGUCAAUUCAGCUGGUAGGCUCUGGCACUUUGAGAUACCCAACGCUGCUAACAUGAGCGACCAGCCUGGGGACCGAUUUUGCUAGGUUGAACCGAUCUUUUGAUUCUUCGUUACUUUUAAAUUAAACACCGCAUAGUUCUUCUGAAUUUACAACUGUUUAUUUUUAAAUAUAACUAUCCGGAGGCUUCUCAUAAAGAUAAAUCAUAUAUAUCGUAUCGAUGUUACUCUUUGUUUCGUAUGGUUUAUGAGACUUGGUUUCUACAUAUUUUGGACAGUAGCAUACUUUGUGGUGAUAUUUGAAGAGUGCAUCUAUGCAGUUUUCGAUAUGACGAGGAAAAUACAAUAUAUUGAUACGGUUAUUGAGUUAUAAUUUUGACAUUUUCUAUGAGCUAUGAGUUGAGAAUGAAAUGGUGGAUUGGUUGAUGUGAACUGUGAGAGAAACAAAGAACUGUAAGAUUAAAAUGACUUAUUGGUUCUAGCAAUACAUUUACCAUUUAAAAUCCAAAACGUUUAUCUGUAAAUUAAGAAAUAUGGAGAGAUUCAGUCACUAAUUGCACAAAUAGGAAAUGUCAAGUCCGCGAUAGUUAAAUAGUUCUCAAAGAAAAUAGGUCAAUGGUAAGCCAUCAUGAUGAAGAGUUUACUAAUCGUGUUAGAUGUUUUGUUGUCAACAUCUUUGUCAAAUCCAUCUCAUACAUCAUUUUAUGCUAUGUGAUUGUAAUUAUGAUCACGCAUCUGAUAAGACUCUUUAUCAUGGGUGUACUGAAAGGCUUGGUGGAAAAUAGAGUGAAAAAUUAUAGUUAUAUGCUUACAAGAUGAUUCUGCAACUUAGUUCAUUUGUUGAAUCACACUAUUUUGUUCCACCUUAGUUUUGGAUAUCGCAGUUUCCCCCACAGUACAUAAGCAGCCAUAAGUUUUUUAGUCAAAAGUUCCUGAUAUAAUUGUUUACAAGAUUAACUCACACCUGUUACAUUUUGAAAUAAAGCCAUGAUGAAUAAAAAAAUCGGAAACUAUUUUAGAUAUUCUUAAGAUAAAAUGAAACUAUAUAUACUGAAAAUAAACAAAAAUUAAUCUCCUUAAAGAUGAAUCUUUAAGUGAGAAAAUAUCCUUGGAGCGUCCUACUUCUUUCCACCCCUUUUGAAUUGGAACUGAUUUUUAUAUAUCUAUCCAACUUUAAUCGGUCUUAAAGAAGGAUCAGAAAAAAAUUCUCAAAAGAAAGAAGGCUAAGAAAAGAAUUUUUAAAGUCUUCAUAUUUAAAUUUUUUGGAUUUUUUUGUACAAAUGAAAAAAGUAAAUAAAUAGAACAAUAAUGAAUUUACAACUAAAAAGUUCAACCAAAAACCUUAAAAUGGUCCCUUUUUUAGACACUAGACAUAAAGAAACAUUGCCGCCACUUUGAUAAGGAGGAAGAUCGCUUGAAACUGAACCGGAACCAAAAUGCUAAUUAAAAGCCACCACAAUGAAGAAGAGAAACCAACCACCGAUAAAAAUUGUAAAGGACAAAUUGUAUGAAGAAGCAUUGAAGCAGAAAAAAAAGGAGUUCAGAUCUGGUAAUAGAUUGUCACCGUAGUCAGCUGUCAUAAGGAAAUCUUUCAAAACACCCUCCACCAUCCUUGAAGCAAAGAGCUCACUCAACACGCCAAUAGUUCAUACAACCCUAAAAUUAGCUCACCUAAACACACUUUCCACCCGAGAGUCGAUAUUGACAAAAUUCCAACACAGACGAGCAACGACUUCACUUCCAGCGGCAAUAAGCCAACAUACCCAAACAGAGAGCUUCAUCUGAAACUUCAACGAUAAUCCAUGAGGAAGCUUCACCAUACCUUCAAACACCAUCAAACUAAAGGUCUACACCAAAAACCUCAUGAGCGUUACUUAAUCUACUUUAAAUAGCCACAAAACCAAUAUAUAAAAACUAGGGGAAGAAAUGGAAAAGGAGGCACCUCUUACGGUUCGGAGAAUAAGAUACGGACGCCAGAGAAAUGGAAGCAAAGGAUACAACGAGGGUGUAGCUAGAAAGGAUAGAAAUGAGAGAGAAUAAACGAUUGGCCAAUUUUCAUGUGUGUAAUUUCUGGCCGCAAUAGCAAAUUUUAAGAAAAAGUGCUUAGAACAUUUGUUUCUCUCAACAUAAUGGUAUCACGGUUGUAGUUUGUUUUGUUUGUGCUAACAUUCCUCAACAACAGUUUGGAAGGGUACCACCUAACUAGAACGUGUGGUAUUUGUCAACGAUUAUGCAUAACUAUAUAAAACUAAAUUUUGUAGUUUUAGUCAAUUUGUACCUUGGUAAUUUUUAAGUUUUGAAUAUAGUGCAAAUUAUGUAUUGAAUUCGUCCAUGGGUGGGUCAUAUAUAUCGUUUGAUGAAUUAAAUGGAUUAGUAGCGUUAAUUAUGUUCUGGUUUUGUAAGGUAAAGUUAUAUUAAGGUUUAGCAUAUGGUUAGUAAUUAAUAAGCCCGUAUUACACAAAUCAAGACAUUUUUAAUUGUUAUAUUAAGGUUUAGCAUGCAACUCAUUACCAACUACUCGGCAUGCCAUUAGCAGUUUUUCACAAGGAGACAAAUAGAUACAUUGACCAAUUGAAUACGCGAAGUCUUUUUUUAUCAAAUGAACAAUAUAGUCAAGUAGUUAGUAGAAAAUGAAAUCACCAGUCUUGUAAUAACUACUAAGCGUUCUAUUAUCUAGAUCGAAAUUAGAUACCGACCAUCUUUCUUUCUAUUUCUUCUCAAAAGUUGAACUAUUAAAAUGUGACAAAAGUUGGAUUGGAGUAUAUCUUAAUGAAAUUUAGGGAAACAAUGGCUUGUAAACUUAGCUGUUCUACCGCCUCUCGCUUUCAAACUCAAAUCAUAAGGCCAAAGGUUAAAAGGCGGCGGCUGCAUAUGUCAUUUGCAUAUGGAGUUAGCUCUUUUGUGAUUGCAAAUGGAUAAUAUAUUAUAUUUUGGGUCAACGAGAAAAUAUUAGUGAGUAGAUUGAAGUUAGAUGAAAGGGCACUCUCAAACUUUCCCCAGGCAAUUUGUCUGCCUUUCUAUCCCUUGCCAAUCUCAUGAAGUCAUGCAUGGGUUGAGUUACAAACACAAUUAGAAAAGCAUGCUGAAUUAGCAUAACUCUUCAAUAAAAUUGCCAACACCGAUAGAAAAGUGCUCAUAUGCUUUUGCAAAACCAGGAAGAAGAAGAAAAAAAAACAAAUCCGAGAAGUUAAUUUAUAAUAUUUAACUCAAAUUUCCCAUGAUAUUUAAUUUAUACAAAAAAAUAAAAAUCUGCACAACAUAUAUGAAGAAUAAACCAAUCAAAAUCUAAGGUACUUCUAAUGCCAAGACAGCCAAGUUAACAUAAGAUACUCGACCAUAUUUGCAUGAUAUUAUUAUAUAUGAAUCUCCAAUUUGAAUUUCUAAACCGUUUUAAUUUAUAUAAUGUUGAGAAAGAAAAGUAAUAGAAAUAGCAAUAACUAAAAUACUCCCAAGAAGCUCAUGCUUAAGUGUUUGAAUCGUUUUAUUAAAAAGGACAGCAACAUUUGUUUAUGAUUUUUUUUUUCUAUCAAAGAAUCAUACAAACCCUUGAUUACGCAUAAUGUUUUUAUUCAAAGAAUUUUACAAUGGAGAAGGUAGACAAAACAAGGUUAUUUUAACUUUUAAGUGAUGAAAGAGUUUGAAAAUAAUUAAUAAUUGUAUUUUUUUGUUUUAAAACAAAAAUGACCAGACAAUAAGAAAGUGAAGCUGGAUAAGUAGCUUUAAACGUGCAAGCUACCAUCUCGAGUGUCUACUCUAACAAAGUAGCCAAGUAUCAAUCGAGAUUGUCUCGUGAAAUAUCAGUCUGAGUGAGUGAUGAUGUCCCGUUAAAGUAUAUAAAGUAUAUAUUCAAAGUUAUUACUAACCACGGGAUUACCAGUCUAAAAUACUGAUAUGUGUUUUAGAAGAUCACUUCUUUAAGCUACUCUUUUUUUUUAACACCCUUUAAUCUACUCUUCAUGUAUCAAAUUUCAGUAAUUAUCUUACUAUUUUUUUCAAUUCUAAAUUUUAGUUAGUCGAAUUAUAUAAUAUUAUAGUUACGUUAAUCCAGACAAACUUUAUAUAAAUGUUUUAUCUAUAUAUUAAACAGAAAGUGAAAAAAAAAACUGCGAAGGCUAUCUACAUGCCUCGUGUAGUUUUCAGCUGACAUUACAAAGAAAUGAUUAAUAAAUUUUGUCGUUGGUUCAGAUGACGCGAAUGCAUAUAUGUGUAAGAAUACUUUUCAAGUGGUUGACGAGUUUAGGUUAAAAAGAAAUAAUUUAUUAAUCACGGCUGUGAGCGAGGAUGGUCUGUGCCAAAAUCAAAUUUGAUAAUUAUGGAUUAAUUAGAGUAUUAAUUAAAUCUUGUUUGGUGUUACUUUUAGUGAGUGAGUACAAUUUGGCGGAGUGUGCAUAGAAGUUACUGGCCAUCUAGAACAUGUUACAUCAACCGGACGGUUCCAUGCUUUAGAAGGCAAAGUGGUUCAUAAUCUGUAAAACCUAAAUUUUAGGUCGCGAAAUUCUUUUAAUUAAAUGUUUUCGAAUGAUAUCAUAUAUAUUAUGUCUGAGUUUUCGGAAUAUUUGAUUAACUUUAAGUGACUGUAAAGAAUAUAUACCAAAAAUUCGCAGACCAACUUCCAUUAAAUAUUCCAAACGAGUUCCUCAAAUUCAUAUGAAAAAUUUACAGAUUUGGGGACUUUUACUAUCCCAAAAAGUUAUGUUUUCUCCUACCAUUGCAUUGUCAAAACUUUUAAUACUGGCUAUCAUCAAAAAAGAAAAAUACAUAUAUAAUAUGAUCAUAUCUAUAAAAUAAUUUAAAUCAAUUAUGUUCAUUUUCGGAAAAGGGAAAAUUAGAGGAUAGCUUAAAAGGAGGUUAAGUUUGUUCACUUAUCAUUCACGUAAAGGCUGUCCAAGAAGUAGCAGGCAUUAAGCAAUAAUUAAGAGUCUUCUAUGGAGCUUUGGUUUUAUGAGCACGUUCUUGUGAAACCCUAAUUCUAACUUUACUUAAUGCCGUUGACGUACGUCUUCCAUUUCUAUCCCCUCGUCGAUCAUGUGACCAUGUUUUCUCUCAUUGUAUCAUCCCAAGCUUUCCUUAAUUACAACUUUUGACUUCUCUAGCGUAAAAAGGUAAAAGACUCAAUGUUGUAGACGUUUCCCUUUUUCCUCGGUCAACAAAUGGGUUGUUUAGUAAUUAAGUAAUCUUCUAAGUUCAGAAUUUAACUAAAACAAUACAUAACUAUCACUUUAGAAACUGAUGCAUAUGUCCAUCCAGAUUUGUAAAGGAUAUGACCAGGAGUUGUCCUAAUAAUUUUCGAGGUAUAAAGCAGUUUUUAUCUUUAAAAUGGACCAAAUCUAAUUUUCAUAGUCUGGGUCCUUCGUAGGCAUGAGAUAAGUAAAUUUAGUUAAUCCAAAAAGAAAUCUUCUUGCUAACACUCAUUUUUGCUAUAUAUUGCUUUGCUUUACAAUUUUGAACACAAAUGAUUACCAAUGGACCCAUAUGUUUGAGCUUAGAUUUUGAUUAAUUUAUUUUCCCUUCGCUUUGCUUUUCUGUGUGAUAAACUGAUAAUAAUAGUGGAAACUCAAAAAUCUAGAUUCCUGGACAUCUUUCUUUCAUCUUUAACCUCAUCCACUCGAGGCCAGUACACGCUCAACCAUAAAAGCAACAAAAAAAAAAGAGAGAAACAGGUGCAUAAAUUUGACUUUGACCCAAAAGAAGACUUCUGUAGACUUGUACAAAAAGAGAAAAGAGGACAUUAUUAUUAGCAAGCAGCCAAAUUAUUUGAAGUUGGAUUCGAUUGAGUUUUAUUUUAUUUAUUUCUUUACAAAAAUAAAAAGACAAGAGUUGAUAUAGGAAAUAUAUUAAAAAGAGAGUAAAGGGAAAUGAUGAACAGAGAAUGUUAGGAUGGCUUAAAUGUUACUCAAACAUAAAUUGAAGGAAGCACGCUUUCUCUCUUCGCAUGUCUCACAUUUUGUACCACUCUUCUCUCUUUUAUGUUUUUUAGCUAUAUGAUUCAUGGGACCAACAUUUACUUUAUCACUCAAAAUUUAAAAUUUAAAAUUUAAUAACCAGUGAUGAUACCUGACCAUAUUAGCUGGUUGCUGAUUGUAUCAUCAUUAUUUCGUUUAUAUUUAAAUGUCGUUUUGCGCCUUGAUAUCAUUAAUUGGAAAAUAUAUGUUUGGAAUUUAAAUUAUUGAAGAGAUUCCCACAACGUUAAGUAAUGUAUUCGGUUUCGUUCUUCUUAAUCCCAUCAAUAAGUAUGGUUCGUUACGCUAAAUUUUCACAAAUCCCCACUUUUACCUUCCUUCAUGUUUAGAUAUAUAUUAAUAUAUUAUCUAUCCUUAAUUAUAUCAAAUUUAGGGUGGGCUUGAAUUAUGCAUACGUAUUAAGUAUUUUUCCUGCUUUUAACAAUCCGUAAUUCAUUGAAUAAACCCAUAAUCAAAUUAUGAAUGUUAUUCCUAACUUAACAUUGAAAAAGAAAUCGUUCCUCAAGUUCCUAUCGGGAAAAGGUGUAAACCGAAAAGGCGAGGAUGCACAUCAAUUAUAUACGUGGUGCAUGUGCAUGUUAAGUAAGUAUAUACAGUGCUCCGUACUUUGUUUAUUUUUUUUCAAUCAUCGAUUAAGUUUCGUAUUUUUUUUAAUACUAAGUUUCGGAAUUCUUUAAAAUCCAAAAUCAACAUUUGAAAAUAUUUUGAAAGUCUUUUAAAAAUGAUAUGACAGUUUUUUUAAGAAUACUAAUUUCUAUAGCGGAUCCACCAACUAAAAUUAUUUAUCCUCAAAUGUAUUACUGUUGAUUUUUUUAUCUUUUUUUCUGAAACACACACUGAGGGUUCAAAUUAACUUUGGUACACUAUUAAUAAAACUCUUGUAAAUGCGUGAUGGUUAAGACCAACCGCUCUUUGAUUAAUGGAAAAUAAUUAACUUGCGUAAUUUUAUAAGAGAAACGUAUAAAUGAGACGAGCUUUGGAUUUGGCAAAUUCAAGAAUAACGCUUCUGAUAUUCCUUCUGCGCAAAGAUACUUCAGUUUUAAUUUAAUCAGCGAUUCAGUAGAUACCCAAAUAGUGUUAUAAAAAGAAGCUAAUGCAUGCGCUAUAUCGAUUCUCUGUACUGUUUAUAUUAAUUACAUACGAUACAUAUACACUGACACACACAUACGGUGCAUAAAUUUGCACAUAGGUUACUGCAUGUGUGGGAUACUUCAUCUUCCAGGAACAAAUGUCUCACUCUUGCCUUUCAAAUAAAAUAAAACUUAGUUGCUUAUAUGAAAAUUCAUAACAUGUGAACCUACUUGAUUAAACUAUAAGUCUAAGGCAAUUAAUACUAUAAAGGAUGUCUCAAUUCGAUUUUUUUAGCGAGUUUCUUAUAAACUUAAAAAUUUCAUGCCAAAAUCUCUCAAAUUUGAUAUUCCACCAACUCCUCAUGUUACAGUCAAUCUUUUCUUCUGCUCUAUCGUACGUUACCGCCCAAUCCAAUUUCUCUCUUCCUAGACAUGUUAAAAAGAUAAAGGAGCUUUGUAAUUGUUCUGAUACCAUAUUAAAUGUUUGAGAACGAGAUCAAUGGAAAGAGAGAGAAAUUGGGAAAAUUUGAGGGUUUGAGAUGAUCUUAGCCAACCACACUGAAUUUAUAAAUCAUACUAAUUUUGUAAAGAAAAAAAAUGAUACUAUCGGUAACAAGUAGAAUAACAAUGUUAUAAGCCCUUUUGGGUUAUUUAAGAACCAAACUUCGACUCUUGAAUAGUACUCAACGUACAUUUCACAGGCGUGGCAUUCCCUUAGUACACAUCACUGCAGUUACGAGGCCAGCUUUGACUCGACUCCGCAUGCGUAACGCAGCAACAUAUAUCUUUUUCCCUCUUAAUACUAAUUAUCACGUCCUAACCUAUUUACACUACAUAUACGUCUUAACUUUAGAAAACCCAAGAUAAAGUAAUUACUAUUUUCGACAAACUAACAUUUAAUAUAGCCUAAAUUGUCCCGUCCUAAACAAGGAAGUUCAUUAAUUAAAUCCCUUCAUCUUACGCCAAGAAUGAGGAGGGUAUAGAUUGGCGAUGUUCUAAAUUGAUUGAAAUGCACUUUUUCGCGGGGCUAACUUUGAAACUAAUAUAUAUUCAUUGUUUGCAUAUGAGUUUUAUGUUACCGCGUAAGGUUGGUUUCGACCAUGAUUAACCCCAGUUUUUUAAAAAGUUUUUAACUUCGGUUAAGAGAUGUUUCUUAAUUUUUCUUAGAUUUUAACUAAGAAAAACUAAGAACUGUCUAUUAAAUAAGAAAUAUAAGAAUCGUCUCUUAUCUGAAAAUUAUUUUAAAAAAAUAUCAAAUCAUGAAUUAGAACUCCGGUUAAGAGACCGAGGUUAAUCACGCCUUUACUUGUUAUCUUCCCAAAAGUUUUUGUUAGAUUAAAUAUUUUUCGAGAAUCUGUUGGUUGUAUAACUCUUACGUACUCUUUUUUAAUUUGCAUGCAUGGCGAUAUCUCUAAAAGGUGCAAUAUAUUUGUUUAGUGUUUGUUCCUAGCAACACUACAUCGUCUUUAUAUAUUCAUACGUUGUAUAUACGGUCAGAGACAAACGUUACGUGCGUGAAAAUACAUCUGUUUAUACGAAGGAGGCGUACUUGCCUUGUACAUAUUUUCAACCCACGUGUGCGACUUUGUUACUAGCCUUCUACAAACGCCUUUUACAUUUUAUCGGUUGAAGAAAAGGGGUUAUGACCAUUUUUCAUUUCUUUCCCUUUUUGGACUAAAUGCUUUUAAAUUAAAAAUAUAAACGAUUAGAAGAGAAGGUUAUAAGAGCUUGAAAUUUGGUAAAGUUUGCAUGAAAAACAUUUCAUGAUGAGAUAAGUCUUAAAUCUAAGAAAUCGUUAGGCCGAAUUUAGAAUAGCCAACAAAUUAUAAAGUAAAGUAGAUCAAGACACAAAACUAUAAAACAGUUUUUUUGUUUAUUUCUUUCUUCGCUUUCUUCUUAAUAAUGUUGUGUAGAUUAUCUUACAUUAGAUCUCUUUAUAUAGGAUCCUCUUAGCUUGUAAAGCUUAUUCUAUUACAAGUAUAUCUAGGAAUCUUAUCAUUAUCCUAAACAUAUAAAUUAUUUUACUUAUCUUUAAUGAACAACUUCUUUUCUAAAUAAUCUUUUUUUGAAGCUUAUCCAACAGAAAGAGCGAUAGUAGCUAAUGAAAAGAACCACGACCAUGCCGAUGUUUACCUCUCCCUUUAACUUUUUUCUAUCAAUUGUGACAAUAAUACAUAUCAUCCACGAUUGAUCUGAUCGAUCCUAACGCUAUAUUAUUUCUUUACUAGAUAAAAAUUACUACUUCGCAAAAUGAUCAUGAAAUGAAAAGAAUUCAGGUAAAUAAUAAUGAUGGUAAAUAUUCAAAGAAUGAAGAUCAUUUAAAUUUCGAACUGACAAAAAAUAUUAUGGACCGUGCAAGUUUUGGUGUUAUUUUCCUAAAGCACCGUUAUAAGAGAAUUAUAUAUCAUCAUUCAAAACAACAUAAGAUGAUUAAGAAAUGUAUAUGUGAUAGAGUGCCAUAAACAAAAUAAGAAGUAUGAUAUCAUACAAAUAAUGUUUUGUUCUACAAAAUAACAUGGUAUAUGGUUGUAUCAUUUGCGAAAAUUAUGUGACUACAUAGUCGAAAGUUUCCAAUCAUUUUUCUUAUUAAAAGAGAAAAGAAAAUAACACCAAAACACAAAUAAUGUUUAGAAGCAAAAAAAGAGAAAUUCCAAUCACUUCUUAAAAGGGAUACAGAGAUUAGAGUUGUUUCGAGGGAGUGUACAGUAUGUAAAGAAAGAAGACACGUGGCAAAAGGAGGAGAGAGACGUGCACCACAGGGAGGGAACAGCAAAAGACCUGUCUACAAACUUCCCAGCAGAAAUGGGGUCCCGCCUCCUAACAGCUUUCCUGCUUUUACUGAUUCGAUCUUCGUUUAGUAGAGUGAACGGCUGGAAUUCUCGGGGUCCUACAUCCUCUCAUUAUUUAUUUUGACUACUUAGCAGAUUAUGUAUAUCCGAGAGUAUAUUUUACAAAAAAUACUUUAUACUUUAAAAGAAAAUACUUUAUACUUGUUGUCUAGGCAGCACAUAUGUCCCCUUUUCGCUUCGCAAUUCAAAAUGUUUUCGAUUCUAUGCAAUAUAGAUUGUUAUUAAUUUGUUUUGAAUAUAUAUAUAUAUAUAUAUAUAUAUAUAUUUGACUAGAAAUUUUAGUUUUCCUCUACGAUUUUUAACGAGGAAAAAGAAGUGGUUUUGUUGAAAAAUGUGUUCAAAUGAUGAGAAAAGAUUAGACAUAGCCGAGAAGAAAAAGAAGAAGAUUAUACGUAUUUUUGUUGUAACCUGAGUCAUAUAAUUUAUUUGUAGCAUGUAUUAUGAGUAACGUAAAUAUGAGUAGCUUGAAGUUGUUAGAAUCACGUGGUGGCCUCACCAACAAUCAAAGCGAUAUACCCGUAGAAUUGAGGUGGCAGAGACGAAGCAACGGCACGUGAUACGGCCGCGAUAGCAUCGGGCACGGGAUGCCUUCACUUUGCUAUUAUGGUCGUCACGUCUUAACCCUCUCUAUCUAAAGUCACGUUCAUUGACUAAUUUGAUGAAACGCACGAAUCAAUCAAAUCGUACCGUUUUGUAAUGGACGUCAGUUGAAAGUACCCCUAGUAAAUUCGGAACUAGCAUCAUCAUCAGGCCUCUAUAACUAGCUACUAGCCAUGCAUUUUCCUAUAUUAAACCGCCCAUAGAGAAGCAGAAAAUGUUAGGUUGCGUGUGGGUUAGGAAAUCGAUCUUACUAUUUUAAGGUGACUAGAUUUUGCUUCUUUACCUUUAAGGUGAAUAAAUUAAUAACAUCCCUAAUUCUUUACAUAUACUUUUAUCUUAAGAGAUAUACUAUAUGUUAGAACACUACAGCUUUUUAAUUGUUCGUUUGUGUACUAACAUGACCGGCUUAACAUUGUUAUGGAUUCUAGGGCAAUUUUUUUUAUUUUACCUUCUAAUAUUUAUAUUCAGAUAAUAUUUAAUAUAUUUUUAAAAUUUAAUCAGUAAUAUUUUGUAUAUUUUGUGAUGAAAAUAAAACUUUAUGCAUAUCAAAUAUUUUUGAACCCUUUUCAAUUUUAUUUAUUAUAUUUAUAAUUUUUUAUAUAAAAUAUAGAUUUUUUUAAAAAAUUGAAUCUCUUAACUAUUAAUAUACAGAGGACACGGAUCUGGACCCGAAACGGUCGCACCGUUUAUCUCCUCCUCAGCUGGCCCUGUGUACUAAUCAUAACAGUAACAUCGAGGUUCAUGUUCAUAAAACUGAAGGAAAUAUGAGAAAUCAAAGAGAAAAUAAUAUUGAAGUAUGGAUAUCCUCUUUCGCUUAAGAGACGUAACUAACAACUAGAGCUUUGGAUAUGUUCACAUGGACGAAGAAAGUAUGCGUAGGUUUUGGAUAAAUCUAGUGACAGGGUCACAAGGUCAACUGGUAGUCUAAUACGUAUUAAAAAAACGUAUUUAUUUUGAGACGUAUCCUAUUUGGGCACAAACUAAUGUCAAAUCCUGUCUGCUUCCAUAAUUAUUAGACAUUCUGCAAGGCAUAUCAAUCUCGUCGACUAUUUUUAUAAGCGAUAACGAAAUAAUUAUAAUGAAUAAGAAAAUAGGUAAAAGAGAACCGAAGUGGACUGAUAUAAGAACCAUUACAUUGAUGUUAUCUUGUACACAAUUUACUGGUAGUAAAAUAAUCAGUAUACACCUUGUGAUGUGAUAAAAUGUUACAAAUAAAAAAACUGUAUAGUGUUCUAAAUCCUGUUCAGGAAUGCGCUGGCGGCUUGGUUGGGCCUACCACUUAGAAAGAAAAUUGGAGACUAAGCGAAAAUUAUGCGGCGCAAAAUUUUUAGAUUGUUUAAUAUGUUAUAAAACAUGUUAAUCUUUGAUUGUGUAUAACAUUAAUAUAUUUUAUGUUUAAGACUGUAUAAACACAGAGAUAAAAGUAUAUAAACUUAAUAUAGUGUAAUUUCAUCAAAAUUAUGAAUAUAAAUUAUAUUUAUCAAAUUUUAAAUCAAAUAAAUAGAUAAAAAUAUUAUUAAAAAUA